AUGCAAAAACUGCUUGAUUUGAGGCCUUCUAAAGAAGAAUUCCUGGAUUUGCUGAAUAGUAAUGCUCAUACAUUGGGAAAAAUCUUCGUUGACGACUGGGCCGAACUCCUGUCUGAAAUUUAUGGAAAUGACAUAUCGACUUAUCCUAUAUGCCAGCGCAAGCUUAAUAUUUUUAUUAAUAUCUCUUGGGAGCGCAUAAAUAUUGGACAUUGGAAGAAUGUGCCUGAUGGAUGGAGAAUAGCCUAUUCAUGUUCCAGAAUUUUGAACGCGUUCAUGCACAUUCAACCAUGUAUAGAUGAAAUUAACUCUUCUGCACUAAAAAUGGCCAUAAAAGAUAUUGACAUGGCUUUAAUCCUUGGGAUUCCUAUAUUCACUGGAAUGGCCAAUAAGGUGGCUAAGCUGAUACAAGAAAUGCUCUUCAAUCUUGAAGGAUCAAUUUGUACAUCUAUCAGACAUAUUCAAACUACGAUUUUUGACGUUGAGUCCGUGUAUAAUUUAAUUAACAAAAAGUUGAUUCUUCUUGAACGAUAUUCUAAACCUAGUAUUGAAUGUUUCUCUCGUCUUCUAAAGGUUGGCAAGCCAUUUAUAUUGACUGGAAGUAUGAAUAGCUGGCCAGCCUUCACUUCUCAAGAGCACCAGUGGUCUCUUUAUUACUUGUCCAAAGUUGCUGGGUUUCGCACUGUACCUAUCGAACUAGGCUCGAAAUAUACUGAUUCUGAAUGGGGGCAGAAAUUGAUGACUAUAAAUGACUUCAUAAAAAACUACAUUUUGAACCAAAAUGCCGCCGAUAAAAUUGGUUACUUGGCUCAACACCAACUCUUUCUUCAAAUCCCAGAAUUGUUUGAAGAUUUGGUCACGCCUGAUUAUUGCUUUUGUUGCACUCUGGAAGAUAACAAUGGGGAAGUCGAUAGUAAUAUUUGGUUCGGUCCCUCUGGUACCAUAUCACCACUUCAUCAUGAUGGAGAAAAAGCCAAUCUCUUGGCCCAGAUCUCUGGCUCUAAAUAUGUAAUUCUUUACACAUAUGAGCAAACAGCUUCGCUAUACCCUUGUGCUGACGAGAUGCUUCAAAAUACUUCGCAAGUUGAUGCGGAACAUCCAGAUCCUUCUUUGUACCCUAAAUUUGAAGAGGCGUUUGGCUUCCAUGGCAUACUUAACGCUGGCGAGAUGCUUUUUAUUCCUCCAAGCUGUUGGCACUACAUUAGAUCCCUGUCUACAAGCAUCUCAGUAAAUUUCUGGUGGAAUUUAGACAAAUCUCUUUUCACUGAUCCGGUUUUGUAG